CCUUAUCAAAUUCUUGGAGGUGAUCCUGGUGCAGUCAGACAGUCCGCGCAGAUCUCGCAGCGCGCGGGGGGGUGGGCCGGACGCAGAGCAAAGAGAUCAGAGGGAAGGAGAGAGAAGGAAGCUGGGCAGCUCCUCGUCUUCCCCUUGGCGUCUCCAUGCCUCGGCACUGCUCCGGUGUCCUCCCCUCGCUCCGGGAGCAGUAACCAUGGCCGCAGUGGCCGUCCUCCGGAACGACUCCCUGCAGGCUUUCCUCCAGGAUCGUACCCCCAGCGCCUCUCCAGACUUGGCGAAGCACUCGCCCCUGGCGCUCUUGGCCGCCACCUGUAGCCGGAUCGGACAGCCGGGCACCGCCCCUUCGGAUUUCCUGCAGGUCUCCUACGACCCAGCUCUGGGAUCCCCAUCCAGGAUCUUCCACCCGUGGAGUAGCGAGAUGCCAGCCCAUUCCCCCGGGGGGCUCCCCCCUCCGCAUCCCAGCCUGGGGCUCACCCCCCAGAAGAGCCACCUGCAGCCUUCCUUCGGGGGCGCUCACGAGCUGCCCCUCACCCCCCCGGCUGACCCUUCCUACCCCUAUGAGUUCUCCCCAGUCAAGAUGCUCCCUUCCUCCAUGGCCGCCUUACCCUCCAGCUGCCCCCCGGCCUACGUCCCCUACGCCGCCCAGGCCGCCCUGCCUCCCGGCUACUCCAACCUGCUGCCCCCGCCGCAGCCCUGCAGGCAGCUCUCCCCCAACCCGGCCCCCGAGGACAUCCCCUGGUGGAGCCUCCAGCAGGCGGGGGCGCCUGGCGGCUGCAGCCACCGCUUCCCUGCCGCCGCCCUGCCGAGGAGCCUGGUGCUGGGCCCCUCGGACCUGGCCCAGUACCAGACGCAGAUCGCCGCCCUGCUGCAGACCAAGUCACCCCUGGCGGCCACGGCCCGGCGCUGCCGCCGCUGCCGCUGCCCCAACUGCCAGGCGGCGGCGGGAAGCGCCCCGGAGGCGGAGCCGGGCCGGAAGAAGCAGCACAUCUGCCACAUCCCGGGCUGCGGCAAGGUCUACGGCAAGACCUCGCACCUGAAGGCGCAUCUGCGCUGGCACACGGGCGAGCGGCCCUUCGUCUGCAACUGGCUCUUCUGCGGCAAGAGCUUCACGCGCUCGGACGAGCUGCAGCGGCACCUGCGGACUCACACGGGCGAGAAGCGCUUCGCCUGCCCCGAGUGCGGCAAGCGCUUCAUGCGCAGCGACCACCUGGCCAAGCACGUGAAGACCCACCAGAACAAGAAGCUCAAAGCCGCGGGCGACGGCGUGAAGCGGGAGGACACGCGGGGCCUGUGACCCGGGCCCGCCGCCCGGCCGGAGAGAUCGGGGACCUACCGCCCUGCCUGAGGGGCCCCCGCUCCCGGAGCCCUGUCCCGGGAGACUGGAGGACCUGCGAUGCGGGCCGCGCAGCCCUGGGAGGGGCGGGAGCCGCGCCUGCAUCCUUGGCCCUGGAGCCCUGUUCGGGGAGAGCUCUGAGUUUGCUGUCUUCUCCCAGGAGGUGCUCUAGCCCUGUGAGGGCGACCGAGGACCUGCUCCCGGCCCGGGAUGGCCUAAGGUCUGCACCCCGGUGCGGCUCUGGGAACUGGAGCCCUGCCCUGGAGGCUUACAGGGCCCCCCGGCGGCACUGCCCUAUAUACGUCCCAUUGUCCGGAAGAAGCCCUUGGACAAGUCCCCUUCUCUGGCUCCAGGGCAAAGAUGCGGGAAAUACGUGACUCCUUUACGCCUUGCUACUGGCAUCAGGAUCUUUCUGGCUGCUUCUCAGUGGGAGUGAAGUGCCAGCUGUUUCCAGCUGGCUGUCCCGCUCCCUUCCAGGGGGAGCUCUGGACGCAGGCUGGGCCACAGGGUCACUCCCCAACGUUGGAAACGGGGUUACUUACAAUGGUCUGCUCUAAGACAGUAAAUAGGAGCAGCAGCGUUAGUCUGGGGACCUGGCUCUUGGGUCCUCAUUUCUUUCAGGGGAAGAGACUGAACUUUUGUGUACAGGUUAUUUAAUAGCUUUGUUUGAAUAAAAGUGUUUUUCUUGUC